AUGCUGAUUGAGAAGAAGGAGCCUCAUUGUAAAAAUGAUCUUAGUGCAACAUUGCUGUGCAAACUUGGACCAGGGCAGAGUGAGAUAACAGAGGAGCUCUGCCAGCGUCUACAGCGAAAGGAAAGGAUGCUGCAGGACCUUCUAAGUGAUCGAAACAAACAAGUGGUGGAACAUGAAAUGGAGAUUCAAGGCCUGCUUCAGUCUAUGCGCACCAGGGAGCAGGAAAGCCAAGCUGCUGCAGAGAAGAUAGUGCAAACCUUAAUGGAAAGAAAUUCAUAAUUACAGGCCCUGUGCCAAUACUUAGGAGGGAGAGACUCCCUGACAUCCCAAGCACCCAUCUCUAACCAACAAGCUGGAGUUACCUCCAUUGGCCCCUCUCUUGGAGAACAGACUGAUCAAGGUGCAAUGCAGAUACCUUCCAGAGAUGAUAUCUCUUCAUUGGCUGCCAAAGAGGAUGCCAGCAUACCCAGAUCCACAUUAGGAGACUUGGAUACAGUUGCAGGGCUGGAAAAAGAACUGAGUAAUGCCAAAGCGGAACUUGAACUCAUGGCUAAAAAAGAAAGAAAAAGUCAAAUGGAGCUUUCUGCUCUACAGUCCGUGAUGGCUGUGCGAGAAGAAGAGCUGCAGGUGCAGGCUGCUGAUAUGGAGUCUCUGACCAGGAACAUACAGAUUAAAGAAGAUCUCAUAAAGGACCUGCAAAUGCAACUGGUUGAUCCUGAAGACAUACCAGCUAUGGAACGCCUGACCCGGGAAGUCUUACUUCUUCAGGAAAAAGUUGCUUCAGUAGAAUCCCAGGGUCAAGAAAUUUCAGGAAACCAAAGACAACAGUUGCUGCUGAUGCUAGAAGGACUAGUAGAUGAACGGAGUCGGCUCAGUGAGGCCUUACAAGCAGAGAGACAGCUCUAUAGCAGUCUGGUGAAGUUUCAUGCCCAUCCAGAGAGCUCUGAGAGAGACCGAACUCUGCAGGUGGAACUGGAAGGGGCUCAGGUGUUACGCAGUCGGCUAGAAGAAGUUCUUGGAAGAAGCUUGGAGCGCUUAAACAGGCUGGAGACCCUGGCCGCCAUUGGAGGUGCAGCUGCAGGGGAUGACACGGAAGAUGCAAGCACUGAGUUCAUUGACAGUAUUGAGGAGGAGGCCACACACCAUAGUCACCAGCAAAGAGAACCUUAUGCAACCUGACAAACCACUGAGGUCAUGGUGACUCAAUGAUCAGCAGAUGGUUCUUCAACAGCAAUCCCCUGUCAAG